CCAUGUCACUAUCACUGUCAGUCACCAGUCUGUCGGGUCGUCGUCUCGCGGAGUACUUAUUAUGUUCUAUACUCAAUCGGAAAAGUGUGAUAAAAAUACUUCACUUUAAUUUUAACAAUUUAAGAUGUGGAGUGAUUCAUUAUUGAUUGUUUUCAUAUCAAUUUGUACAGCAUUUCUCGGUGAAGGUUUGACUUGGAUAUUAGUCUAUAGAACUGAAAAAUAUCAAAAACUGAAAGUAGAAGUUGAGAGACAAAGUAUAAAAUUGGAAAAACGCAAAGAAGCUCAUGGAGACUCCCUAGAUAAACAUCAUAAAAAAAAGAUUGAACGAGAAGAAGAAAGAUUAAAAAAUAACAACAGAGAUCUUUCAUUAGUUAAAAUGAAGUCUAUGUUUGCUAUUGGCUUUGCUUUUACUGCACUUCUCAGCAUGUUUAAUAGCAUCUUUGAUGGAAGAGUUGUAGCAAAACUCCCUUUUUAUCCUAUAUCCUGGAUUCAAGGAUUAAGUCACAGGAAUCUGCCAGGAGAUGAUUAUACAGAUUGCUCCUUUAUAUUUCUGUACAUUUUGUGUACAAUGAGCAUAAGGCAAAAUAUUCAAAAACUUUUGGGAUUUGCACCAUCUCGAGCAGCUUCGAAGCAAGGUGGAGCACUUUUUGCUGCACCGCCAGCUCAGUUCAAAUAGUCUAUAUCAUGUGGUAAUGUUUUGUGAAGGUAAUUGAGUAAAUAUUCGGUGUAAGUGAAGGUUCGCUAUUAAUUAUUUUAUAUAAAUAAUAACUUUUGUUUAUAUCAAUAAAAGUAAUAUAUAUA